GACUGUCUGUAUAUUUUUCGUGUUCAUGAGUCUCAUAGAGUUCGCGGUCGCCAUAUCCUGGGCCUGGAUGGCCAACGAUAGGAAGGCUUUGCGCACCACUCAGGGUUUCACAGAAGUGCCGAAAACCAAUGUCUACACAAAUAAAAGGAUUUUCUGUCACUGCGGAAGACUUGUCGGCAAUAUCUUGUAUUAUACUCGAGUUGGAGAGAAAAUAAAGGUAACAAUAUAUUAUGAAACCCUGAAUGCAGUCAAUCGAAAGUUCUUCGUGGAAGAAGUUCGACCCGCAAUCGACUACUUAUGGGAGAUAAUUGACUUGGAUUUUGUUCCCUAUGGGAACACUGGAAAAGAUCCUGAAAAUGAAAAUAAUUAUAUUUGUCCAUUUGGUGAUAAACAGUGUUUGGCCAAUAAAGUUCAGGCCUGUGCCAUUGGUAUCAUCAAUGAGGGACAGCCGCCAACUGAAGAGGUGAAGAAAGGUGUGGCCCUUUUCGUUCACUGUAUGUUCAAGAAUAAAAAAAUGGAAGACAUCAGUCUUGUGGGCCCCCAUUGCGCUACUUUGGAUCUGUUUGAUGAGUGGCCCUCAAUCGCCGAGUGUGUGGCCGGUGUGGACGGCAACAAAUUCACUGAUCAAAUGGAGGCAAAGACUACACCAAUAAAAGAUAGUCUAAAGAAUGAUAGUCUAAAGAAUGGUCUGGCUGUUCAACUCGAUUCACAGCCCAUUACAGAGGAGGCCACACAAGACUUAGUUAAAGCCAUUUGCGAUGCAUUUACAGGCACUGAGAAACCCGAAAGAUGUAAUGUUGCCAAAGGGGCUAAAGUGCAGUUAUCUGUGUUUUACGAGACAUUAAACACCGACACCCGCAACUAUUUUGACCACCAGUUGCAACCAUUCUAUCACAUCCUCGAAGAUAUCGUAGAUAUUGAUCUGAUUCCUUAUGGGAACACCCAAUACACUGAUGACAAGUUUACGUGCGAUUCUGAUGAUCUGUGUAUUGCUAACAGAAUUCAGGCGGUGGUUGUCAACGAUUACUUGGCCACUAAAGAUGGUGAUGAAGUGGACGGUCCGAGUCGUGUCAUUAGAUUCAUUGACUGCAUGAGUACUCAUAAGAAGUGGCAAAACAUAUACACAGCAGGAGAACAGUGUUCUAACAAUUACUUACCACCAGAUGUCUGGAUACAUAUCUUAACGACCGCUACCAGUGCUGACGGCGAUCCCAUAUACUUGACGAUGAGAGAGAAGACAGACAAAGUGAACCCAACCCCA